AUGGAACCUCAGGCCCCACCCUCUGCCAUGCGGCGGGAGGGCAGAGGCACCCAGCAUAGAGAGGCUGUCCUCCCCAGGCACGUGCCGACGGGCGCAGCUCCGGACCUAGAGCGGGUGGCCGCCGUGCGCCACCGCCCCCAGCUCCGAGGCGGCCGGGGACGCAGAGGAGGUCCCCGGCAGGGCCUCGCAGGGGAGGGACUUGGAGCCCCCUCGGCACGCCCCGCCCGGAGCUGCCUUCGGCUCCGCAAGGGGUUGGGCGGUGGGAAAGUUCAGGGCGCGGGGUUGCACCCGGCACGCGGCGAGGAGCGCGUGGGCGGGGAGGCGCGCGCGAGGGAGGCUCGGCCCAGACUUGGGCUGUCUGAGCACGAAGAAGCUCGGGCUAAGAACCGGCGUCUACAUCGCGUCCCGCCUCCGAGUGCCCCUGGUGUUUACGUCCCCACCGCUGCGGUGCAGAGUCCCAGACUGGGACUGACUUCUGUCGAGGGGCUGCUGCUGGAGCCUCUCCACCCGGCUUGCGCGAGGCUAGAUUCAGCUCAGGGUGCCCACUACGCCGUUAUUGCCAAAGAGCGCCCAGCCUGCCUGGCAGGAGGGUGCGGGAAGCACCUGCACAACUGGGAGGCCCAACGGGGCUUGGGUCAGGCGUGUGUGGACGAUUCCUCCCCAACCCACACUCCUAGCCCUGAGCCCCGCGAAGAGGCGCCGCCGGCCCCAGCGCCUGGGGUGGCCCCCGGUUUCCCAAGCCCUGGGCUUGGGCGGGCCUGCUCAGGAACCAUCCCUGCGCCCAGCAGGAGGCUCCGCCGCGUCUCCCGGGCGGUCGAAGGGGCACCGGCUCUCCCGUGCCCCGCCCUCCCCCAGCUCCCUAGAGCGCAGGUCCUGCAGCCCCUGGGCGUGGGCACCGUGCUCUCCUGGGUCCUGAAGCCCCCCUUUCCCGGACGCGACGGGAGCGUGUUCCCUGGACGCCGGGGGAGGCGCUGCCGGAGACGCCUCCGGGCGACCCCGGGCCUCUCCGCCGGCGGGCCCCCGCCCCGCGCGCUCGGCAGCUGCCGGCGCCGCUCGACCCCCCAGAGGAGCCCCGGCCCCGUCCCAGCCGGGCCCGCCUCGGGGCGCCGCGCGGGGUCCAGCGGCCGGGCGGCCUCGCGCCCCAGCCGGCCCCGCCCGCGCCGCCGCGGGGUCACUCACCAGACAGCCGCGCCGCUCCGCUCGCGCCGGGCGCGCGGCGGGCCGGGGGCGGGCCGGGGACGGGGCGCCGAGGGGCGGCCCCUGCUCCGCCCGCGGCUCCCGGCGCUGUGGCCCCGACGCGCGCUCGCGCUCGCACUUUUCCCCGAGCCGCGUGACGUCACGGGGAAGCGGCCAAUCCCGGGGGGGCCGCGCCGCCCGCCCCGGGCCGGCCACCAACGCGGACGCGCGGGGGGCGCCCCCCGGCGUCGGGGCCCCCAGCCGCGCGCGCCCCCCCCCCGCCCACGGCCGCGCUCUCCCCUCGCGCGCCGCGCGGGCCCCGCCCACGGCCGCCGGUGCCGGCCGGCGGGGGGCUGCCUCCCGGGGGGCGGGGGCGGGGCCCGCGUCGUCAUGGGGACGCGGCGCCCCCUCGCGGGCCGGGCGGGGAGCCGGCAGCCCCGUCUGGCCGCGCUCCCGCCUCCGCUCGCACCGGGCGCCCGGGACCCGGAGGGGGCCUCGCGCCCCGUGCCGCCCGCUCGCCGCCGGACCGCGGACGCGGGCGUUCACCCCCGACGGGAGAGUGCGGUUGCGCGGCGUCGGCUCUGCCGCACCGGUUCCGUCGGGGCCGAGAGCCGAGGUCCGACAGGGUCGAGCCUCGAGGCUGCGUGCUGGCUCCCGUGCAGCCGGCGCAGAGGGGCGCCGUCGGGGCCCGGGAGGGCGCUGGAGGCGGAAGCGGGCGACGGUCCCCGGGGAGAGGGCCCCCCGCUCCUCGCACGCAGACCCGCCCGCUCGCCCCCCGUUCCCGCUGCCCGGUUCCCUGCUCCCGCGCUCCAGGCCGGCGAGGGGUGCACACCCUUCCUCCAGCCCCGGGAGAGGACACGCCGCCCACCCAGCCGCGGCCCGGAGGGCAAGUUCACCGACCGUCCGGGGAGCCGCGCGGGCCGGAGCCUCGGGACUCGCGGCCCGGCCUGCGCCGGGCGGGAGAACCCUCUGCGGCGCUCGCGGGACCGCGAGCGGGGAGGCUUCAGCACCUCGGAGAGCUCCGCCGCGGCCCUGACCUCGGCGCCCCCGCCCCUCCAGCUCGGACACCGCCGUCUCGCCGCCCAGUGCGACGGCCCUUCCUGGGGCCUGCCGAGGUCCGGCUCGCCCCCAGCGCCCGGGUCCCGAGGCCUGGCACCCCAGGCUCUCUGA